AUGAGUUAUCAACAAGACAUGUAUCACGAUCAUUCUGCGCGUUCCCCUGGCUCUCAGCGACACCAGCAACCUCUACACCGUCAGCCGUCUCGACAGUUCGACGCCUACGGCCCCAUGCCGACCAAUAUGUAUGAACAGGAUCAGAUGCGGUACGAGUCCGGUCGCCUCGAACGCCUGAACCCAAUGCAGAACAACUCCUACGGAUAUGACAUCUCAGGCUCACAGACAUGGAAUCCCAAUGGGUUUGCCAAUGCCCAAACCCUCGGUGGAAUUCGUUCAGCUUCCGCCAGUUUGAAGCCCAAUGCCCGUGGACGUGCCGGUCUCCCCACUACCUGGUUGGAUCAGCAGCCGAAUAUGCCCCAAGCAUUUUCGAACCUGGGCCCUGGCCCCAUUCAGAGCAGUGCCAUGCGGCCGGAAGCAUCGGCUUCAUCCGCCGACGACGACGAAUUGAUCCCAACAGCAAUUGUCAUCAAAAAUAUUCCGUUCGCCGUCAAGAAGGAGCAGCUGGUGCAGUUGAUGACGGAACUCAACCUCCCCUUGCCCUAUGCCUUCAACUACCACUUCGACAAUGGCGUGUUCCGUGGUCUGGCCUUCGCCAACUUCACAUCCGCAGAGGAGACGGCAACCGUCAUCGAGGUCCUCAACCACUUUGAGCUGCAGGGUCGGAAAUUGCGAGUCGAGUACAAGAAGAUGCUGCCGUUGCAGGAGCGCGAACGGAUCGAGCGCGAGAAGCGGGAACGUCGUGGCCAGCUGGAGGAACAGCACCGUCCGAUGGGAGGAGGUCCUCAGCUCCAGACUCAAAGCUCUAUGUCUUCGCUCACCUCCCACAUUCCGGCCACCUCUCCGUCGCCUGUAUCCCAGCGCGGCCAAAAGAUCGAGGUGGACCUGAACGACACCCAGACCCUUUCCUACUACUCCCAGCUACUGCUGUUCAAGGAAGACACCGUCCGCGAUUCCGUCAUCUUCCCCCACAACCUCACCCCCUCCCAACGUCGCACAGUCCACACUCUGGCUCACAACAUGGGCCUGGGUCAUGCUUCCCGUGGCAGCGGUGAACAGCGCCAGGUCCAGGUCUUCAAAAUUCCUGCUGGUGCCAACGUUAGCCCUCCGACCUCCUCGAUCCCACCUUCUGGCCAGUCCGACGGGGGCCGCCGUGGCCUCAACCGGGCGGCUACCAUCGACUUCAGUGAGGCUCGCCAAGAAGCCGGACCUGGCUCCUUUAACACCUUGCGUGGACAAACCUCGGGCUUUUUGGGAGUAAUGGACUCUCCCGGAAACUUCGCCAACGGUCAGAACCUGCGCGCCGCCAAGUCGUUUGCCGACCUGCGAUCGUACACUCCCUCGCCCGUGCCUUCCUCCGCCAGCUUCCCCGCUGCCUUGCAGUCCAACGGUGCCCGUCUCCAGUACGAGGGUGCGCAAACGGCUACUUCCCACAUUCCCACUCUGAACUCUGCCCAGUCCGGUUCCAACCUGGGCAUGCAACGUGACGACAACCUAUUGGUCAACAGCCUUGGUGGCCUGUCCCUCGGCACCGGCAUUGGCGGUCCCAACUCCAGCCCCCGACGCCUGAGAGGCAUGUUCUCUUGGGAACAGGAUAACCAACAAUCCAACGCUGGCGCAAUCGGUAGCAACCGCAGCAUGGGUAUGGGCUACGACGGCCAGCAGGAGCGCAUGCCUGUCCGCCAACCCCGUGGCCCGACUCCCGACAAGGGCACCGGCUUUCGUCGCCAGAACGGCCACCAAGCCCGCGGGAGUGAUGAACUUCGCACCAGCUCCGGUGUAGAGAUCAUUGUGGAGUAG